AUGGAGAUUUCUUCUCACCAGUUUCACCUCUUGCAGCAACUAAAUGAGCAGCGCAGGCAAGACUUGUUCUGUGACUGCAAUAUCCUGGUCGAGGGAAAGGUCUUUAAAGCACAUCGCAAUGUGCUGUUUGCCAGCAGCGGCUAUUUCAAAAUGCUCCUUUCGCAGAGCUCGAAGGAGACGAGUCAGCCGACGACAGCUACUUUCCAGGCAUUUUCUCCUGACACAUUUACAGUCAUUCUAGAUUUUGUGUAUUCGGGCAAACUGUCUCUCACUGGUCAGAAUGUCAUCGAAGUCAUGUCGGCUGCUAGCUAUCUGCAGAUGACCGAUGUUAUCAGCGUGUGUAAAACGUUCAUUAAGUCAUCGCUGGACAUCAGUGAGAAGGAGAAGGAUCGCUACUUCAGUCUGUCAGACAAAGAUGUAAAUUCAAAUGGCGUGGACCGAUCCUGCUUGUACAGCGCUGGCUGGAGGGCGGAAAGCAGCCCCCCGCAUUCGCACUUAAGUCCAGAUCAAGGGACGUGUAUGAUGGGUGGAAACGCUUGGAGCAAUUUCAGCUACUAUCCGACUUCUCAAAGAAAUGCCCAGCAACAGCUGUCCAAACACGAGCAAAGGCAGGAUUCCAUAAAGAAAUCCCGGCACCUGGGACUGCAGCAACCUUCUGACAUUCCUCACUAUAAAUCGAGCAAACUGGAGGACAGGGCUGCCGAGCCCGCUGGCCAUAUUGCUCAGUCCGAGGAGCAAGUUCCGAUUGAAACAGAAGUUGAAUCCCCUCACGUGGGAUACCAGUACGGCCAAGGGUCUGACGUGAUUCCGAGGAGCUUGGCUGUGUCGCAGCAGGAGCAUGAAUCACCCCGUUCUUCUAGUAAAUCCAAGUCUUCAAAAGCAGACGAGCAGUACGCGAGCAUGCCCUCAAUUCUGGGAGUCAUGGGAAGCUGGGCUGAAGAUGAUCUGCCCAGGAUGAGGUUCAAGUGCCCAUUCUGCACUCAUGUGGUGAAAAGAAAAGCAGACCUAAAGCGUCACCUUCGCUGUCAUACAGGAGAGCGCCCUUACCCUUGUGAGGCAUGUGGGAAAAGAUUUAGCAGGCUAGAUCACCUAAGUAGCCAUUUUCGAACAAUUCAUCAGGCUUGUAAGCCUAUCUGCAGAAAGUGUAAACGCCACGUGACUGAGCUAACAGGACAGGUGGUCCAAGAGGGGACAAGACGUUACAGACUCUGUAAUGAGUGUUUGGCUGAAGCUGGCAUAGACAGCAUUCGCAUUGACUUGGAGGCUGAAGCGCCCCUUGAAUUUCCACAAGAUGGGGAUAAGGAUUCCAGGUGGCACUAUGGGGAAGACAACAGAUCUGAUGUGGAGAUCGUGGAGGACGGGUCAACCGACUUGGUCAUUCAGCAAGUUGAUGACAGUGAGGAUGAAGCAGACGAAAAGGAAGUAAAACCAAAUAUUAGGUAGUUGCACGACAAGAAUUAGGAAUUCCAUGUUAAGAGGGAGAAUGUACUGUCUCGACCAUAAGCCCUCCGCCAGCCUGUUGUUACCGUACAGAGACAUACUGGUUUCUUUUGAACAGGUCCAGACUUGCAUGUAUUUAUGGACGUGCCAUUGAGUCCAUUCUGAGUUUUGUUAUCAGAAUACCCAUACUUUUGCUUCAUUAGAAAGAAUCCAUCCUUAAAUGAAAUAAUGGAUGAACAAGGAAACUGAAGUACUACAUGGAUAACUUUUUAUAGUAGACAAUGGGUCACUUCUCAAAACUUCUUUCAGGGGAGUGAGGUCUAAAUACUUAAAAAAAAAAAAAAGUCACACAGCACUGUAAACUGCCCACUUUUUAAAUUUGUAGACAUGUGGGGUUUAUACGUAAUAUCAUCUGGCGAUAAACAAAGUAUAAAUACCACACACACCAGAAUAUAAAGAAAACCUCUCUUCAGUAUUCAGAAAUGAAGAUAAUCUUCCACAAAAUUUCAUGAAGUCUUCAUAUUAUGAUAAGGAAAAAAAAAAGGUAGCUAAUUAAGAAAAAGCAUAUAACAAUGUUUUAGCACAUUCGUCUGGAAAAGCACUUUCUUGUAAAAAUUAUUAGAAUAAGAAUCUUUAGCAGAUCAUUCAUUCAAGACCUAUUUCUUUACAAGAAAAUAAACACACGAAUGCUAGUCCUAGUCAACACAUCAGAGAUAAAAUGAUUACAAAUAUGGAUCAUUAAUUGAUGCCAGUAGAUGUUUGAUUCAUUCUGAAAACUGGGACCUCAGACUGGGGUAUGUUUUAAUAAGCAUAAGCACGAGUAAAAUACUCUUUUUUUUUUUUUUAAACCUCUCAAAAGUGCCAGCCUGAUGUGACUGGUAGCCCUGCAUCCACAGCAUUGCCAAUGGCAGUGUCAGCUUCUCCAUGCCAACGUGAAGGAAACGGUCCUUACCAAGGUUACUUUAGCUGUUGGUUUCUCUCUUUGUCCCCCGUUUUAUUUGCCAGUAACAGUGGCAGAACAAUUUGUACAGUAUAUAUACUACAUCAUUAGAAAUGGAACUGAUGAGAUUUUCCAUCUGAAACCAUUGACUACUCUUGUUUGUAUUGACCUAUACACAAUUUAAACUGAGUUUUAAGAUGGAGUCAUUAUCAAUUUAUAUAUUCCCAAAGUCAUUCGGUCACCAAGAGAACAUACUUUAACCUUUUUCAGUCUCUACUAUAUGCCCACGAGAACAAGAUGUACUGGAAGUUCUAGACAUCAUAUUUGUGUAAUUUUACCUACAAUUAGCCUACAAGAGAUGAGAUGACUAAUGGUGAAGAAAGUUUACUUCUCUAACAAAAUAAGCCACUUUGUUUUGUUGCUUAGUGAGUUUAUCUUAACCAGCGCUGUAAACAGGAGAGGAGCAGAAGUACGCUCCUGGGGUGCUUUUACUCUGCGUUUUCUUGGACAGACCCCAGUAUUAAUACAGUCUUUAUCCUGUGACCAUGGAACUCGAUGGGUAUAGGCUUAGCAAACUUCAUUUUUUUUUUUUCUUUUUUACAACUUUGUAAGCAUGUUUGGCUGAAACCCGGGAUUAAUU